CUGAAUUUAUCUUUAAUAUGUCCGGAAUUGGAAAUGGCAGUUACCGAUUGGACGUUGGGUCAGGAGUGGUAUACGAUGUCUAUAAAGAUCCGGGACAAAUAAAACAUACAUACACCUCAAGUGGCUAUUUCGUAGCAGAGUUGGUAUCUUACAACGAAACCUUUAAAGAAAUCAUGUAUCUACAACAGGUUAUUGUAGCAGAUUACAAUAUGACUGGACUUAGCUUUAUUAUUCCGGAUAAAAUAGACCUUCCACCAGGAAAUAUGACAGUUAAUGUCAUAAGCGACUCAAGUUAUCCAAUGGUGACGUGUAUAUAUGACAUGGGCGAUUUGAUAAAUAGAAGAAUUUAUAACCUGACCGCCAAUAUAACUAGAGAGGAACCGUUACAAUUACAUUUCACUUACCUUACUCUUGGUAAUCAUACUGUUACAGUAAAAUGUAACAAUAACUACGAUACCCAGAUACGUAAACACAUAAUCAAUGUUUGGAAUGAAUGUUUUACAGUGAAUGGAAUAUUUGAUCGCCAGUACUCAAAUACAUCCAAUCCUAUGAGGGUAUUUACGUCAACAGAUUUUGAUCUUGCUAGUAGAAUGGCUGUGUAUUGUUCUGACCAAAGUGUAAUAUUCCAAUGGAAAUUAUUUACAGUUGUAAAUGAAAUGGAAGAUGUCCCUGUUUUUGAGCAUUUUCCCUACACACCUGUAGGCAAUCCACGUGGGAGCAUUCGUUUUGCAAGAGGUACAGUUCCUGCAAACUUGUAUAGAGUCACACUAAACGUGACCUUGCAAAACACAUGGGUUUAUGAACCAACAUAUUUAAUGUUUAUUAAGUCUCCUCCUUUUGCAUAUAUAGAGGGUGGAUUUGAAAGAAAUGUCCAAGUUCUUUUGAAGAAUAUUACAUUGAAUGCUCUUAAUGUUUCGUAUGAUCCUGAGCUGGGAAGUGGUGGAAAUCAAGAAUUGGAAUUUGAUUGGACAUGUAAAAGGACAAAUGUAACAUCGUUAGAUGCACUUGAUGUCAAAUAUACCAGUAAUCCGUCGUCAUUUGAAGACUGUUCGGAACUUCUUACUGUCAAAUCUCGUGGUAUAACGGUACUAAUAUUACCAGACAAGAUGAACCAAGGAUAUGCUAUAAAAGUGAAUGUUACUCUAGAGGAUAUGCAUACAGAAUUCACCCAAUUAAUCUAUGGCGUCUUUGGAGAUCCACCAGAAAUGAAUGUUAAGUACGUAAUUAAAUUAAAAAAGGUAGAAAUUCUAAGAUAUUUUUCAAAUUAA